CACGUCACGAUUCAGAGGGAUUGGAUGAUGACGUCAAAAGCCGGUGCCUCUAAAGUGAAGUGACCUUCUUUACGACCGCCAGAAACCGCUCAUCACCUGAGAGAAGCAGCUAAUAUCGGCACCUGAGUGAUUUUAACCCCGCAUAUUUUAAUCAAAAGCUGACUAUGGGAGACAUUGCCAAGGGAAAGAAGGCUUUCGUCCAGAAGUGUGCUCAGUGCCACACAGUAGAGCAGGGGGGCAAGCACAAGGUGGGCCCCAACCUCUGGGGUCUGUUUGGACGUAAGACUGGACAGGCGGAGGGCUACUCAUACACGGACGCCAACAAGAGUAAAGGUAUUGUGUGGGGCGAGGACACCUUGUUGGAGUACCUGGAGAACCCCAAGAAGUACAUUCCUGGAACCAAAAUGAUCUUUGCUGGCAUCAAGAAGAAGGGAGAGCGCCAGGACCUCAUUGCAUACCUUAAAUCGGCAACAUCAUGAGCUAGUCAUAAAAAUCAGAAUAUUUAAUGCCAUUUUAUUGUUUUUUUUUUUUUUUUGUUUAUUCUUAGGCUUGCACAUGCUAAAUAUAUGGUUUUAUGUUUAGUCAUUUGUACAUAAAGUUAAUUUAUGUUAUUUGGUUAGAAAAUGGCACUUCUUGUGAGCCAGUUCACACAAAGUGUCAUUUCUGCUUUAAGCUCAGGGUGCGAGCAAUCGUUCAAGUGGCUAAACAUAAAACUAUAGUUUUUUGUUUUUUUUUGGUCAAUCUGUACUUUGACUCUAAUCAGGAGAAAAAACUAAUUGCAUUAUUUGGCAUAGGUUAGUUGCCUGACCUGUCACUCAUUCUGUCACCCAUGACAACACUUGUUCAGUACUUUCUACUGGCAGAGCCAUCCACCAUCAAAGUCAUUUUUAAAACGAUAACUAAAAGAAUUAAUCUAAUAUCAGUUAUAUCAGAGUGAUACAGGUUGGAAAUCAUGAGAUUUUUGGUGGUUAACUGGUGCAGGCUCUCAAUCUACUCCCAGCUUUCAUGCCAACUGGAGUUUCUAACCUCACAAGGGGUGACACAGUGUGAAAUUUUGCACUCCCUCUUGUCUAUCCUUAUAUAUUGGUGGUCAGAAACUACUACUUGCCAUGAAUGCGCUUUAGAUACCACACACUGAACAGUUUGUCCUCUAAAACCUUUGGACAAAACCGCUUGUUGCAUUGUACGACUCCUAACAGAGCCUGAUCUUUUAGGUUACUGAAGCAGCCCCUCUGAGCUCCUGUUUUUACCCCCUGCCAGACUCGGUAUGAGUUUUU